UUACGACGGCUUUUGGAAGUUUCGUUUCAUUUUGUGAUGGCUCAAAAUCGGUUGUCGAAUGUAACGGUGGAACAAGUGAAAGCUGCCAUGAGAGACAUUUUGCAAACCUUUGAGAAACCAGAAAACAAGGCUAAAAUACGGGAAAUUGAACAGGAUGCAGGAAAUGACUUGGUAAAGCUUCUUCAAGAUCGACUGCCAUUUGCUGCCGAGAUUCAGCAAGAGGUGAUAAAAAGUCAUGGCUUUUCAGAUGAUGGGGAUCAAGGUUCCCUUACAUUCACACAUGCCAUCAAGUUAUUCGAAAGAGAUGAUGAAGAAAUUGCUAAAAUGGCCGCAGAUCUGAAGACAAGAUUCAUUCCACUUCUACCACACCCACCUCUCUUUGUUCCAAGGGAUGUCACAUGAUCAAAAUUGCCCCAAAUUUUGAU